AUGCUGUCGACUCGGACUGUGCUCUUCCCCCUCCUCCUCAGCACCUCCCUCCUCUGCAGCCUUAUUCAAGCUCAAACCGACAACGGGCCAUGUGUACAGAGCUGCUUCACCAGCAACCCCAAAUCUUCCUUCUGCGACGGUGACGAGCAAGGAGACGCGCUGGACCAAUGCCGGUGCGCCAGCUACUCGCUCAAUGGAGAUCCGCAAAUCGCAUGCAUUCAGGCGUGUCCACAAGACCAGCAAUUGAUCUUUGCCAACGAUCUACCAGAUCUCUGCAAUUCACUUUUGUUCCCUAAUCUGGAUCUGUCUGGAGACAACGCUUCAUCCGCCACGGCAGAAAACACUGUCUCGGCUGCUUCGGCUCCACAGACAACCCCUACCGGGAGCACAACAUCGGGAUCAGGUGCCGCCACUUCAACUUCAUCCACAGCCGCCGAUACAGCGAGCGCAACUGGCACUGACACUGGCGGUAGUGCUGGUAGUGCUGCUACGCGUGAACUUCCUCUCAAUGUUCUUGGGUCAGUGGCGUGUGCGUUUGGUAUCGUUGCAUGGCUAUAG